AUGAGCAGAGGUAGAGGAGGGCCUUACAAAGAACACUAUCACAGGCAUCCACCCCCUGACUUCCAGGCCAAGGAGAAUUAUUACAGACCUGGCCCAGCCUUGCUCCACCCUAGAACUAGCCCACAGCUGAGCCCAUAUUCAGGUUACUACAACAGCUCUGCCCGUCCGGCAGUGCCCAUACAGCGGCCCCCAGCUCCUUUCAUCCCCUCCGCUCCACCAUUACCAAAGCACAGUAUAGCUGCCCCUAAACCAGAGGCCUUUAACAGCUCGCAUAAUCAGAAUUACAGUCCUAAUCCUGGUCCCAAUUCCUUUCAGUACCAACAGGUGGAGUUUUUGAGAGGAAGGAGCUCUGAGGCGCCACAGUUCAGAACUGGUCCACGUGGAGGGGGAGUGGGACCUGACAAGUUUCCUAGUUCCUCAUAUCAGCCCCAGUCAGGCUACAAUAGAUAUUCAUACCCCAACAGCAGCCCAAGGGGUAGAGGGGGGUAUAGUCAGGACCAGGGUUUCGUAUACCCAGGAGCUGCGCGAGGCACCCCAGGCCCUCGACACCUGAAUCAAAACCAGUCACAAGGCACAAGCCACAACCAGUACUCCAGCAGUCAAUGGCACGGUCAAGCAGACUCUUUGUCUGACAAAUUUCAGGGUUUGUCCCUAUAUCAAGACAGGCCCAGCAGAGGAGGAGAAAGGUUUGGCAGACAUUCUGCAUCCAAACCCUCUGCAAAAUCGAGGGUUGCUAAAGUUAAUAUCACUCUUACUUCUGAUAUCGAGGACGAGGUGUAUAGAGCUUUGGCUUCAUUAAAGCCAAAUGAGAGUAUCCCUGCAAAAUUAUUAGGCAAAAAGCUGCGUCUGCCCAAAAAGAUAGUCAACAAGGCUCUCUACUCUUUGGAGCACUUACAGAAAGCCUCCAAGCAAGGACUCCACCCCCCCUUGUGGAGUCUUUACAGAGGACCUCUCAGAGGCAACGAGGAUCAAAACUCUUCAGCACAAAGGCCACCUUCCCAGCUGUGUGUCAGCUCAGGAGGACACACUCCAGAACCUGAAGCCAAGGUUGAGCUAAAAACAGAAAUCAGGGGACAAGCCAAAGAAGAGGACUCUGACACAGAAUCCAGUUCUUCUUACUGCUCAUCUUCAGAGUCAUCUGACUCUGAAGAAUCCCAGGCACCAGCAAAAAGUCAGUAUCCGGAGAAACAGCACCCCAGCACAACCAGCUCCCCUGAUCCAGAGCUUGCGCUUCCCGCAAUGGCAGAACAGAAGGAGCUAGUUUUGCAGUACCUCCUGGCUACAGGGGAGGCAACUGCUCUCGUCAUAGCCAAAAAUCUGGGGCUAAGGAGUGCCAAACAGGUCAAUCCCACCCUCUACGCGCUGGAGAAGCAAGGUGACGUCGUUAAGCACAGUGAAGUUAACCCUCCCACUUGGGAGCUCUCUACCCACCGCAAAGAGAGAAUGGAAAGGAGCCUUAAAGCUGCAAAGAGCCCCCGCACUGAGGGGGAAUGGAUGGGGGAGGAACCCAGUAGAGAUGAGAUGAAAGGAGCGUCCGACUUUAUGCCGUCAUCUCCACUACCACCAAUACCAGGCCUGGAGCCACUGCCGCUCCAGGAGGGUUGGAUGCCAGAGCAAAGUCAUAGCGAAGCGGCCCAAUCCUCCCUCCAGCCUCCCUUCCUUACUACAUGCAAAGAUGAAGAGGCCAACGAAGGAGAGUGGGCCACUGACGACAUCCCAGAAUUCCUCAACGCCAUUCGCAGAGAGACGGACGCUGGGAAACUGGCAGCAGAGAAGGCCAACUCUGUAGGGACUGUAGCUGUGUCACUGGCUGCUCCACCUCCCCAGAACCUGUGGGCCAAAUUACAAGAGGUGAGGCUGAAGAACCCUGUCAGCGGCCUCAUGGAGUACGCCCAGUAUCUGGGCCAGAACUGUGAGUUCCUGCUCCUCGACCAGUCGGGGCCCUCUCACGACCCAAGAUUUCGCAUGCAGGUGAUGCUCAAUGGGAGGCUGUUUCCUGUCGCAGAAGCGUCCAGUAAGAAGGUUGCAAAAAAGGACGCCGCUGCGGCCACCCUGCGCAUUCUCAUCGGAGAGAUGCAGGGUGGGUCGACCACGGGAGACGAAGGAAAUAAUGCCAAUGUGGACCAAGUGAUGGAACUACUCUCAGACACCAGUGGGCCAGCUGAAAGCACAGGAGGAAUUUUUGGGGCCGGUACUGUGGAAGGGAUGGCGACAGCGGAGGGACCUCGCCAGCCACUGUCCCGCUCUCUGCCUGGUGGGAAGAAUCCGGUGUCUGUCCUGAUGGAGUACAGCCAGCGCAGCGGGAACCCCAUCGAAUUCAUCAUCACCGGGCAGGCAGGCCCACCACAUGACCCAAGGUUCAUGUACAGGGUGAAGGUCGGAGAGAGCCUGUUUGCAGAGGCCUCGGCUCCAAGCAAAAAGGCAGCCCGCCAGCUGGCAGCAGAAGAGGCCGUCAAAGAAUUAAUGGCUGAUGGGAGACUGCAGCUCAACAAGCCUCAGUUGCCCCUGGGCUCCUCCAGUGAUAGUGAUGGCAGUGGCUCUGGGACUACAUGUCCCUCUUUGCCGCCUCUGACUGCAGAUGAGUUGCGAGCAGCACACGAGGCAGGUGUUGGGGACCUCAUUAACCACCUGAACAACAACGCAGUGUCAGGUCUUUUGGAGUACGCUAGAGCCCGAGGCUUUGCCGCUGAGAUUCGACUGGUGGGCCAGUCUGGGCCGCCACAUGAGCCAAAGUUCACCUACCAGGCCAAGCUGGGCGGACGCUGGUUCCCCCCUGUGUGUGCGUCCAACAAGAAGCAGGGAAAACAGGAGGCAGCAGAUGCUGCACUGCGGGUUCUGAUUGGAGAGGCUGAGAGGGCAGCCCGCACUGGAGAGCUUAUCCCAGCUGAGCUUCCAGUAAGUGGCAGCACUUUGCAUGACCAGAUAGCGAUGUUGAGUCACCAGCGUUUCAACGCCCUGACCACACGUAUCCAGCACAGCCUUCUGGGACGCAAGAUUCUGGCCACCAUCGUCAUGAGGAGGGGGGAGGGCCUGGGGACUGUUGUCAGCCUGGGAACUGGAAAUCGCUGCGUUAAAGGGGAGGAACUGAGCCUUAAAGGGGACACUGUUAAUGAUUGCCACGCUGAAAUCAUCUCCAGGAGGGGAUUUCUUCGGUUUCUGUAUAUGGAGCUGCUCAAGCACUAUGACGGCGCAGACGACAGUAUAUUUGAGCCAGGGGAGAAAAAUAAACUGCAAAUCAAACCUGACAUCACCUUUCACCUCUACAUCAGCACGGCACCUUGUGGGGACGGUGCCCUGUUUGAUAAGUCAUGCAGCGAGGCAGGGGAUGAAGUCGAGGGCCAUCAGCCUUUGUUUGAGAACGCUAAGCAGGGAAAGCUCCGCACCAAAGUGGAGAAUGGCGAGGGUACCAUCCCAGUGGAGUCGAGUGCCAUUGUGCCCACCUGGGAUGGCAUCCAGCACGGCGAGAGGCUGCGAACCAUGAGUUGCAGCGAUAAGAUCCUGCGCUGGAAUGUGGUGGGUCUGCAGGGGGCGCUGCUCACCCAUUUCCUGCAUCCCAUCUAUCUGAAGUCCAUCACGCUUGGCUACCUGUACAGCCACGGGCACCUCACACGUGCUGUUUGCUGCCGGCUGGCGAGAGACGGUGAAGCGUUCGCCAAAAGUCUCCCUCCUCCCUUUGUUCUAAAUCACCCAGAGGUGGGCAGGGUGAGUGUGUAUGAUUCCACGCGGCACACAGGCAAGACCAAGGAGUCCAGUGUGAACUGGAGCUUUCCAGACCAGAACAGUGUAGAGGUGCUGGAUGGGACCAAAGGCAAACUGGAUGGGAACAAACUGAGCGUAUCCAGAGUGUCCAAGUCCAACCUGUUCUGUCUGUUCCGCACUCUGUGCCAGCGGUGUGGCCGCACAGACCUCCUCUCCCUGCCCUCCUACGCCCAGGCCAAGAUGUCGGCCAUGUCCUUCCAGAUGGCCAAGCAGCAGUUCUUCCGAGCUCUCAGCAGCCACGGUUACGGCGCCUGGAUUGGCAAGCCGCUGGAAGAGAAGAGCUUUGAGUCAGGGGAGGGAAACGGGAACAAUGGAGCAAAUGUUCCUGUGGGAUACGGCAGCAGUAGAAACGGAGGAGCAAUGGAGUACAAGCAAGACGAGGCAUAGAACGGCGCAGAGUGCUUUAUAAAGGGGGGUAAUAUAAAUAUGUGGUGGGGGUGGGGGGAGCACAAGGCAGGGGGCAGAUUGAAAGGGUGGAUGUGUAGGGAAGAAGAACAAUCAAACUGUGCGUAGCCAACAGCCAGAACUGUAUCUUCUGACGGGACAUGCUUUAAGGCUGCAGAAGAAGAGCGAUGGAAAGGGACAGAAUAAAAAGAGAGGAAGAUAGCAAGGGCAAAGCCUGAAGGAUGAGUGGGGUCACAGUAGAUAGACAGAGCUAUGGAGAGAGCCAUGGGGUGUACAGAAUAAUGUGAACACUACAUGAAAAAGGAAUUAGUUUGAAGUUUGUAAUCAGCAUGGCAAACACUGCUACAAAUCUGGGAUGGGUUAGUUUGCAAAACAGUUACUUGUCAGCUUCCUGUGUACUGUGGGUUGUUUUUAAGUUGUAAGUUCAGUUUUUACAGUUAUGUUUCCACUGUUCUACUUGAAAUGUGCUCAUUUUUGCUGGCUCUGUGGUUAUUACAGUUUGGACCCAGUUGUUUUUGCCCUUUUUAGACUGCCACUGUCUAAUUUUGCUAUGUUAAAGGGUAAAUUUGGUAUUUUUCAACCUGCACCCUAUUUUCCCUUGUUAUUCUGUCUACUAAUGAGCAUAACAGUUUGUGAAAUUGGUCUGAUAUUGAGCGAGACCAUUGCAGACAGCAGCACUGAAACAGGCUGCAGUGUUACCACUCAGGGCAUGUUCGCAUCGCCAAUUUAUAUCCAUUAAAAGUGUUUAUUUUGCCACUGACACGCUCAGAUUGUUAUCAUAAGUGUCUGACAACUUACGGAAAAGUACUCCUAAAGAGAUGGACCUCUUUGUGAAAUAGUAAGAUCCCUGUUUCCAUCAGAAACCAAAAUAGAAAACUCAAAAGAUACCGUGGUUCAACUUUCCACUGCUCCAACAACCGUCAACUCUGGUGUCGUUAAAAUAAAUCCUCAAGUCACACAGUUAGAUGUGAAAAUAUGCUGGUUUUAUACACGCUAAAUUGUUUAUUUGAGUGUGGUGAGUUUGGUGUUGGCGAUUUCGGGGCUGUUAUGGUCAAACAAAAAGGAUCUUAUUCUCGGUCAGUCUCUGUAGGGAUGGUUUCCAGAAAUUGUCAGUGGCAAAGAGAAGCACUUUUAUAUGACCCGCCACUGUAGCAGUGUUUGUAAUUGUGAUUAUGUUAAUUUGGAGUUUAAGUCCUCUUUCAUGAAGUGUUUUUAUUUUUUUUCUGCUCCCUUUGUUCUGCUGCAUGAAAAUACAAGCAGCUGAUUUCAGAACAGCAAGCAGAAACAGUGGGAAGCUCUCAGCAGGAAUCUCGAUUUUUGAAAACUGCACCCACUCUCGAUAGAUUACCACGAGUGAAGUUGGAAAUUAGUCCUUGCUCAGCACAGCCCCAGCUUUCACUGUACAUAAGAAGAACAUUAAUUCCAACUUUAACUCUGACCCAGUGGCUAACCAAACAUUUUACCAUCAAACACUUGAGGCUUUAGCUCCUGAAGCCUUCGAUCAGGCCCCUUUCUGAGUCAAAUUUAAAACUCACUGUACACCCUCUGCUGUCCAUCCAUCAGCAUGUUGUUGCCAUGGUUUCCAUUAGCAUAGCAUAGGACAGAGCACCCCUUUAAUCAGUCCCAUAAUUUCUCUGUGCUUUAUAUAGAAAUACUGAUGUCACGACCUCCAAGACGUACAAUAUUUCUGUUGUUUUUGCCUGUGUGUUUUGAGUACUUCUCCUUUUUUCCUUCACCUCUGGCAAAAAAAGUUCAUCAGCAGCUGGCCAUGCUAGCAAGUCCUGGAAAGUCUCACCUGUCCUGCCUGCAGCCCGGCUGCAUAUUCUUUUUUUUGUCUUUUUAACAUCUUGAUACAAAAAAAAAAGGCUUUUGGGUUCUCUUGCAUGGCCAGUUCUUGAGGACGGCUAGGUGAGGACAGUUUUGUUGUCUAAGGAGCGUGUGUAGUUUGUUCUUGAUUUGGUUAUAUGUAGAUGGAUGGUGCAAUAUAUACAUCAAGUAUAUACAAAUACAUGAACACACAGAUGUUGCAGUGGGGUCCAAAAGCCCGAGUCCAGCUCCAGAGAGUCGCAUUUAUUAAAAACUGAAAUGAGUGUCAAAUAAUUUAUUCCUCAAAAAACUGCAGAAUGGUUGUUUUUAUUAUUGAUGCAUGUAUUUCAGUUUUUUGUUGGUUUGUUUGUUUGUUGUUUCUCUUUUAAUUGAAUUUGAGAAUCCGUAUUAUCUGGCAAUCUUGACAAAGAUUAAAGACGCACUAGACAGAAAGUCCUUUGUCACGUUACAGUGACACGUGCAGUAAGAAUCACACAGGAGACAUGAUAUAGAUAAACUGUUUUAGUAUUUGUUGCAUUUCUUUAAAGAUGGCAUCAUUUUGAUUAAAGCUGGCUUUUAAAAUAUUUUUAAAAGAAUUUCCGAGAGGAGAACAUUUACAUUAGUUGUGUAGUUUUUAUCAUUUAAAGGUACAGGUCUUACAGUGGACUCAGACUUUUGGACCCCACUGUUUGCAAAAAUGGAUGUCUAGUAUAAAGCUGUAUAUACGUCUGUGUGUAUGUAUAUGUAUAAGUUUAAUGUAUAUAUUUUGUAAAUCAUCUACAGUUGCUUUUCUAUAUUUUCUUUUCCUGAUGUUUUAAUUAAACUGCAAAGAAAUAUGCUGUUUUUUACAAGUGAAAUUUGGAAAGCAAAAAAAAAAAAAAUAUUAAAAGAGUAGCAAUGUUUCAGUGAA